CUCCAGCAGCCUUAAGAGCACUCGAAGCUAUUCCUGGAGUCUGUCGAGUCGGGACUCCAGCGAGUCUGGGUGAUCUUGGAACUCCGGGAACUCCGACCCGGGCGUCCUUUUAGGGCAGGCUACAGGUCCUUGGCCUUGGCGCACGGUGCCACCGCCGCGAGCCCACCCCAACCCCGGGCCCGGGGAGCGCACGAGCAGGAGGCCGGGAGCUUGGAGCGGGAGGAGCGGCCCGGGGCGGGCUGCCAGAGCGAGAGAGCGAGAGAGCGAGGCGGGGGCGGCGGGUGCAGAGCUGCGGGCGGCGGCGCCCGCGGGUCACUUGCAGGCCGGGCGGCGGGCGGCAGGAGGCGAGGUGGCGGGGCGCACCAUGCCCACGUUCGACCAGGUGCUGAGGAAGGCGGGCGAGUUCGGGCGCUUCCAGCGGCGCGUGUUCCUGCUGCUGUGCCUGACGGGUGUCACCUUCGCCUUCCUCUUUGUCGGCGUGGUCUUUCUGGGCAGCCAGCCAGACUACUAUUGGUGUCGCGGGCCGCGCGCCACGGCGCUGGCCGAGCGCUGCGCCUGGAGCCCGGAGGAGGAGUGGAACCUCACCACCCCGGAGCUCCGCGCCCUCGCUGAGCGCCGCGGCCAAGGCCACUGCCACCGCUACCUGCUGGAAGCCGCCAACACCAGCCACGAGCUCAGCUGCGACCCACUCGCUGCCUUCCCCAACCGCUCUGCCCCCCUGGUGUCCUGCAGCGGCGGCUGGCGCUAUGUGGAGACCCACUCCACCAUCGUCAGCCAGUUUGACCUUGUCUGUGUCAAUGCCUGGAUGCUGGACCUCACCCAAGCCGUCCUGAACCUUGGCUUCCUGGCUGGGGCAUUCACCUUGGGCUAUGCGGCAGACAGGUACGGCAGGAUAAUCAUUUACCUAAUAUCCUGUUUUGGCGUCGGCGUCACAGGAGUCGUGGUGGCAUUUGCACCAAAUUUUUCUGUGUUUGUGAUCUUCCGCUUCCUGCAAGGGGUUUUCGGGAAGGGGGCGUGGAUGACUUGCUUCGUGAUUGUGACAGAAAUAGUAGGUUCAAAACAGAGGAGGAUUGUGGGAAUAGUGAUCCAGAUGUUCUUCACCCUUGGAAUCAUCAUCCUCCCUGGGAUUGCCUACCUCACCCCCAGCUGGCAGGGCAUCCAGCUAGCCAUCUCACUUCCCAGCUUCCUCUUCCUCCUUUACUACUGGGUGGUCCCUGAGUCUCCCAGAUGGCUGAUCACUAGGAAGCAAGGAGAGAAAGCCUUGCAGAUCCUGAGGCACGUGGCUAAGUGCAACGGGAAACACCUCUCACCAAAUUACUCAGAGAUCACGGUUACAGAUGAAGAAGUUAGUAACCCAUCCUUUUUAGACCUUGUGAGAACCCCCCAAAUGAGGAAAUGCACACUGAUUCUCAUGUUUGCUUGGUUCACAAGUGCUGUGGUAUAUCAAGGCCUCGUCAUGCGCCUGGGGAUUAUCGGAGGGAACCUCUAUGUAGACUUCUUUAUCUCAGGGCUUGUGGAGCUGCCUGGAGCUAUCUUGAUCCUUCUGACCAUUGAGCGCCUUGGACGACGCCUUCCCUUUGCAGCAAGCAAUAUAGUGGCAGGAGUGUCCUGCCUGGCCACUGCGUUUUUACCAGAAGGGAUACCAUGGCUGAGGACCACAGUUGCUACCCUGGGAAGACUAGGGAUAACCAUGGCCUUUGAAAUUGUUUAUUUGGUAAAUUCAGAGUUGUACCCAACAACACUAAGGAACUUUGGGGUUUCUCUGUGCUCGGGCUUGUGUGACUUUGGGGGGAUCAUAGCCCCGUUUCUACUCUUUCGACUGGCUGCUGUGUGGCUAGAACUGCCUCUGAUCAUCUUUGGAAUCCUGGCAUCUAUCUGUGGUGGCCUCGUGAUGCUUUUGCCUGAAACCAAGGGCAUUGCCUUGCCGGAGACAGUGGACGAUGUAGAAAAGCUUGGCAGUUCACAGCUGCGUCAGUGUGGCAGGAAGAAGAAAACUCAGGUUUGCAGCUCUGACGUCUGAGGCCCCCCCGCCCCCCCAUCACCUGAAGGACAGGAGCCCUUGGAUGCCACCUGCACCCAGAAGCUGAGCCUGGUAGGAAUAUGCCUUGCAGCGUGCUUCAGCUCCUCUAGGUGGCUCCCUCCCAAAGACCCUUGAAGACUCCAGAGUAUUUUGUAUGGCGUAAGAUGAAGAUUUAUCAUGCUACCCAAGCUUUGGAAGCAUAUGACCUUUGACCUAUUUAGCAAAGAGCCCAUAGGUACACAGAUUCUACCCAGGGAGCAACGCCUGUGACCCACUAUGCUAAGGAAAGAUGAGAGAGGCUCAGCCAGUUCUCCAGCUCUCAGGACAGCCCCACCAGGAGGCGCGAUGAACAGACCAAGACUAGCUGGCCUGAUCAGGACAGAAGCGUUCUGGAGCGUCUGAGAACCGCUAUUUCUGCUUCCCCUGAACUUUACAGAGGCGACAAGCCUGGCAUCCCUCCCCUCCUGUCCCCUGCAGCCUCUGAGGUCCCAGGCCCCAGGCUAGGCACAGUUCCCUAAAUGAGAACAAAUCACAAAUCUGUAACACAUCCAAAGACUGGCUGUGAUUCUGAGGCCGCUGACGUUUCGUGCCCUCCCUCAAUGGAUCCCUGUAAUCACUGGUUGUUUAUUGUAUCCAUCCUUAAAAGAAUGAGCCCCCGCUUUGUAAGUGAUUUAGGAGAUACUAAUGAGAGAUCGGAGUUGUUUUUUUAAAUCAAGACUUUUCAAGCGUGAGACUCAGACACAAGCACAGUGUUUCACUAUGUGUGUGAUGAUGGUAAGACAAAUGUUUUAAGCCUUAAAGCAUGGGAGAACCAAUGUGAGUGUUCAAUUUCUCAACUGCCUUCCGGGGACUCCCUCACUGCCACAACCACCCCGCGUGUGCAGAGCUUCUGAUGUGUUUUCCUGUGCAUUUCUUUGCUGUAGCACUGCUCCCGGUCAUCCUGCUACUGCCUUUGGGUUGUAUUUCGCCUUGAAAGCUGCGUUUCAUAACAAUAAACAAUUUUUAAACUGUU